UCAGUCCAGAGGGUCCUCUCAGGCCAGAACGCCAUGAUUGCUCUGGAAAACUCCACACUUACAGGAAAAAGCUUCACAAAAAAAAUGAACAUACACAAGCUGAAGAAGGGCCGGGGUGAGCCUUAUCCUCUGGAGAUCGUUGACAUCAUGGGGAUUGAAUCGACAGAUGGAGGAAUAAAACAUGAAGACAUCAUCAAGGCAUUUUUGGGACACAUUUCAGAUGAGUACAUCUUUAAUCCUGGGGCAGCCAUAACCGAUCACGACCCAAAAUACAAAAAGAACCCAACUUUGCGUGAUAAGGUUCACUGUCUGGUGUGCAUUCUGUCUGCGGACUCUGUUUCAAGAAUGGACGACAAGGUCUUUGAUGAAUUGAGGCUCGUUCGAGAGAGUGCUAGCCUGUUGGGAAUCUCUCAAGUCAUCGUCAUGACCAAGGUGGAUAAAGCCUGUGAGACGGUUAGCCAGGAUUUAAAUAAAAUAUACUACAGCAAGAAGAUCAAAGAGAAGGUGGAUAACUGCAAUGAUAACAUGGGCAUCCCAUUAAACGCCAUCUACCCUGUGAAGAACUACUCUGAAUCCAUCAUCCAAGAUCUAGCAAUCGACAUGCUCCUCCUCACGGCAUUGAGAGAUAUUCUAAAUUUUGCCAAUGACUAUGUGGAACGUGAGUUGGAAAAAGAUGAGGCGUAAUGAGAGAUAUAAAAAUAUACAUUGAAAUGUGGAUUGAGGUCAACCUUAGUUUAGGUGUGUGCUGUACUUUAUUCUUUAACUUCUCCCUUCUUCAUACUCGUCUCGUUUGCAUCAUUCAAGUUGAUCAAGUUGUACAAGUUGAUCUUCAUCUCAUCUGUUCGUAGUAUGUUGUUCUAGAUGUGUUUUUAAAAAAGUUUUUGGCAAACCAGUGCUUAACAUCUUGUGGUAAAACCUCUGUAUUUAGUCUGGUGAAGUCUUCUCUUGAUUGUUGACUUUGACACAGAUAUGCCUACAUCCUUGAGGAUAUUCUUGAUCUGGCCAACUGUUGUGAAGGAGUUUGUCUCCUUCACAAGGAGGGAAACUCCUUCUUUCAGCAGGGGAAGAAUUCUUCUGUUAUCCACCACAGUUGUUUUCCAUGGUCUUUUGUGUUCCUGAGCUCACCAGUGCAUUCUUUAUUUUUAAGAAACUACCAGUUGAUUUGGCCACACCUACUGUUUCUGCUAUCUCUCUGUUGGGUUUGUUUUCAUUGUUUGUUUGUUUGUUUGUUUCAGCCUAAUGAUGUUAUAUUUCACUGCCAGUGACAACAUUUUGGACUUCCCAUUGAGAGCUAACAGCAACAGAUUCCAAAUGCGAAUGCCACACUUGAAAGCAACAGUGUACUGUAUUUAACAGCAAUUUGCAGUUAUUACAAUUUCUUAUGAAUAAAAACCCAACAUCAUAUUUUAUCCAUUUGUAGUUACGUUGAAUUGUUUAAUCGUGAGAUGUCCACAAAACAAGUUAUCAUAAACAUUAUAGCAGUUGUAAACACUUGUUCCCAUAUUGGCCUCUCUUUUAAUCUAAAUAAAUAACACAUUUAAAAUGGGUUUGUUGUAUAAAUAUGUAACUACCAGUGAUACUGUAUCUUGAUAAUUUAAUAUAUGUAAACAUUUUUUUCAGAAUCACGAACACACAGAUAUGUGGAAAUGAUGACAAGAUCAAGCACAAUAAAGUUGAAAUG